UUAUAACCUCAAAUAUUCAUGCCUGAUUUGACAGUGUAUUGAAAAAUAUUUAAUGUAUUAAAAUUUAAAUAAAUACAAGAAAAUGGCAGAUAUCGAAGAAUAUUUUCCCCGAGGGGGCAAAAAACCGACAACCACAUAUUUUAAACAGAGCGAAAAUUUUUUAGGAGCAGCUGAAAAAGGAGAGAAGAAAAGGAAGAAGAUAAAAAAGAAGACUGAGGACGAUGACGGAUAUUUAUCUGAUGAAGUGCAUGCAGAAAUUGAUCAGUCAUAUAAAAACUGUGGGAUAUAUUUAAACUAUAAGGUAGUAAAAGAAGGACAAUUAUUAUUGGGCAGAGUCCAGCAAGUGUUAGAGACAAAAGUGAACAUAUCCCUUCCCUGUCGAAUGAACGGUGUUGUCAUGGCCUGCCACAUCAGUGAAGCCUACAAUAAGAUACUAGAAUCAUAUGUUAACGAUCAGGUAGAUAGCGUCCGAGAGCUACCACAAAUGUUCCGACCAGGACAGUAUGUAGUUACAAAGGUAUUGGAAGUGACUCCAAACCACCUUAUGCUCACCAUGAUGCCACAGCAUGUUAACAGCGGCAGAAUGCUGGCUGACUUACAUAAAGGAGCCCUUAUACAAGCAGCUGUUUCGUCAGUGGAAGACCAUGGUUUUGUGAUGGAUAUUGGCGUACCCAACACAAGGGCCUUCUUACCUAAGAAUUCAACUAACCCUGAAGUUGAACUGGAUACGGGUUUGCUCACGUGGGUCACGAUCAAAUCUAUAUCCUCGUCAGCUGAAAACAAUGUAAUCACAUUGAGCAAUGAACUAUCAGCAUUACAGAAAGCAUACCAGCGUAAUAAAACAAACACUCUACUGCCUGGUACAGCCUUGGACUUCGUAGUCGACAAGCCGUUAGACAAUGGUAUAGAGGGUCACGUUUUCGACAACACGACAGCGUACAUACAAAGGCACCAUGUUGACAUGGUCAAGGGCAAGAAGCCAUCGCUAGGACAAAAGAUCAGGGCAAGACUAUUAUACGUAGUACCACCAAAGAAAAUACCGUUUCUGACGAUGAAGGGCAUCUUCGACACCACGUAUCCCAACAUGGCUGAGGAACAGAAGUUACAGGAAGGAGAUAUUAUCGAAGAAGCGAUAGUGCUAAAGGUCACGGGUCGAUUGAUCCACUUCAAGCUGGGCGAAGGGAGCCUGGGCAUCCUGAGUCUAAGGAGAGUAGCCGUCGAUGAGGAUCUCACCGACGAACAGGUGCUGACACGAUCGUAUCCCGUCGGCGGCGCGCACCGCGUGCGCGUGCUGCGCUACGGCGCGGCGGACGGCGUGUACUCCGUGAGCGACGCGCCCGCCGUGCUGGCCGCCGCGCCCUUCCGCCUCGACGAGCUGCGCGCGGGGCAGGCGGUCGCCGCCACCGUCGCCGUGGUCGCCGACGACCACCUGCGCGUCACCGUCGGACGCCUCACCGGUUACGUUCCGAAAACUCAUAUGACUGAUAUGGGUGUGUUCGUCGACCCGAAGAAAGCUUCCAAUUCUAAACUGCCCAAAAAGAAAUUCAAGGUUGGUCAAGAAGUGAAAGCUCGUGUGCUCUCAUUGGACUUGAACAAGCACUAUCUUGUCCUGACUCUGAAGCCCACGCUGCUAGACGAAGACCUGGAGAUCUUGACGAACUAUGAAGAUGCCGUGGUCGGGAGAGCGUACACUGGAGUUAUUUCGCACAUCAGGGAUUACCUAUUGGUGUCGUUCUUCAACAACACGAAUGCGUACGUACCGAAGCGAUUCGUUUCCGCGCAGCCACUCGACAACCUCACGGAUGCUUUCCAUCUCGGCCAGAUCGUAAAGUGUACGAUCAUGUCUGUAAACCCGGCCGCUAAGAAGAUGACCGGCAGCCUCACUCAAGCGCCUUUCAGUCCCGCUGAAAUUAAAAAGAAAGCUAAAAAAAGGAAAAAAAAUGCCGAUAACAAUGAAACUACAUCUAAAAAGAAAAAAUCUAAUAAAAAAAACGAUGACAAUGCCAGUAAUGAAACUAAAGAGAUGGACAUUGAUGAGAGUCAAGAGACUGAAAAUAUUAAAAAGAAAAAGAAAAAAAAAGACGAUCGCGUCGCACAGGAAAUAGAUUCGACUGAAACAAAAACAACGUGUACCGAAGUUACCGAAACAAAAAAACGUAAAAAGAAGAACAAAGAUAAGAUUGACACUAAAGAAGAUGAUAAAAGUACAAAUAAAACUGAUGGUUUCGUAAUAGAAAAUAUUAACAAACAGAAAAGUAAGGCAGAUAAGAUUAAACCUGAUGAAGGAGAAGAAAACUUAGAAGUGUCAGAAGAGAGCGACGCAAUCGAAACAGACAUACAAGAAGACAGUGAUCAAAUAUUGACACCGAAUGAUUUAGGUCUCCUAGAUUUAUCCGACUGUGUAACAGCUAAAAACUAUAAAAAGAGAGUCGUGGCUCUACUGAAAUGUAUAAACGCUAGAACGAAACGCUUAGAUAGGAUAGAGAAAAAGAUAGUUAAUAUUGAAACUAAAGGUCUUACCGGAAGAAAUAAAAAAUAUCACACGGCGAUGCACGCGGAGAAACUGAUCACGGAAAAACGUAUAAAAAAAUUCAUGGACGUACUUAAAGUAGCGCAGGAGAAGUUAAAAGAUUUCGACGUGAAAGAUAAAACAGAAUUUAAAAAGAAGAAAAUGGAAAAAGUAACCAUACCCAAGAUCACAACACAUGAGGAUAAAAAGAAAGAUAUAAAAAAUAGAAAUGAACCUAAAGAUAAAUGUGUGAAGAACGUGUUGGAUAAUUUGAAGCCACUGCUCGACGCGCCGAGCGCCAAGGAGUUCUGGUCGACGAGUGAUGACGUGGCGACUGAAACAAGAGACGACUCGAGCAGUAGUGACGAGGAGGAGCAAGAAAAACCUAAAAAGAAACGCAAGAAACUCACGAUCGCUGAAAAGAACGCUAAAGCAAGAGAGGAAGAGGAGAGGAUAAGAGAAUUGGAAAAGAGGGCUAUAGAGAGUGAGAAUGCUCCUCGGUCUAGCGAUCAGUUCGAAAGGGCGCUGCUAGCUGAGCCCAACUGUAGCCAACUGUGGAUAGCUUACAUGGCUUUCCAUUUGCAGGCAACGGAAAUAGACAAAGCUCGAGCUGUGGGUCGGAAAGCGCUGAACACCAUUAAUUUCCGGGAGGAGGGCGAAAAGCUUAAUGUGUGGCUCGCUUUACUCAACCUCGAACACAGAUUUGGUACAAAGGAAAGUCAACAAAAAACCCUCGAAGACGCGCUCCAAAUGAACGAUACGUAUCAAAUCCAUUCGAAGCUGUUAGAUAUACUCCUGGACACAAGCAAGCACCAAGAGCUGGUGUCGCUGAUUGAGCUCAUGAUCAGGAAGUACAGGAAAAACCCGGAGGUGUAUCGGGUGUGUGGCGAAGCUUGUUACAAGGCAGGCCUCGUGGAUAAGGCGCGGCACGUCAUGCAAAAGGGUUUAGCGGCGUUGGAGAAGAAAGAGCACGUGUCGCUGCUCGUGCGGUUCGCGCUGCUGGAGCGCGCGAGCGGCGCCGUGGAGCGCUGCGAGGCGCUGUUCGAGCAGGUGCUGGCGGCCUACCCGCAGCGCGUCGACGUGUGCGCCGCCUACGUCGACGCGCUGCGCGCCGCGGGGGACGUCGCGCGCGUCAGACAAGUAAUGGAACGUAUGACAUCUCAAAAGUUGCCAGCACGAAAAAUGAAGGUGCUCUUUAAGAAGUGGAUAGAGGUCGAAGAGAAGAUCGGUGACGCGGAACACGUCGAGAACAUUCGACAGCGCGCGCUCGAUUUUAUCAAAAAAGCCAAGUUUUAAAUAAAUUAGUCAUAUUUA